AUGAAGCCAGGAAACCAAACCGUCACUACGCACUUCUUACUUUUGGGGUUUGCCUUCCACGGCCAGAUGCAGCUCCUGUUUUUCACACUCAUCUCCACCAUGUUCCUGGUUGUCUUGAUAGGGAACUCCCUAAUUGUUGUGAUCACAACCAUUGACCCUGCCCUACACACGCCCAUGUACUACUUCCUAAGGAAUCUUGCCUUGACAGAGAUCUGCUACAGCCUAAGCAUUGUCCCCAAGAUGCUCAUGAUCCUGCUGUUGGAGAGAAAAAUGAUCUCGUUCCUAGCUUGUGCCCUGCAGCUCAACUGCGUUCUUCUUUUUGUCACCUGCGAGUGUUUCCUCCUGGGCGCGAUGGCUUUUGACCGGCAAGCGGCCAUUUGCCACCCCUUGCACUAUGCCACCAUAAUGAAGAGGGAUCGCUGCUUCAGGAUGGCCCUUGGGUCUUGGCUCUCUGGUGUCUCGGUGGCUCUGGGCUUCACCACAUGGUUAUUCACCCUGCCUUUCUGCGGGAGAAACACCAUCGAUCAUUUCUUCUGUGACGUGUCUCCUGUGUUGAAGCUGGUGUGUGCAGACACAACUAUGUUUGAACUACUGAUUUUCAUUGCCAUUGUCAUAAUAGUGAUGGUUCCCUUUUCUCUGAUAGCCACCUCCUACCUUCUCAUCAUCCAUGCUGUUCUUCACAUACCCUCAUCUGUGGGCCAGAGGCGAGCCUUUUCCACCUGUGCAGCUCACCUGGUGGUCGUAACUCUUUUCUACAGCACAACUGGCCUCAUUCACCUGAGACCCAAGUCCAGCCUCUCAUCCAACAUCAAGAAGAUGGUUUCCCUCUCUUACAUCGUUGUCACACCCAUGCUCAACCCCAUCAUCUACAGCCUGAGGAAUCAGGAAGUCAAGCAAAGCCUGAGGAGAUGCAUUUACAAGGAACGUCAGAUGGCUGCUUUUUCUUCAUCCAG